UCUUGUCCAUUUCAUAGCGGAAAGCCCCAGUUUAGUAUGUAGAGAAGCACAGGAUAUUAAGACAGAUGUAGAUAUGUCUCGAUCUCCGGAAGUGUAGCUAAUCGAGGCUUGAAGAUAUUCUCUUCUAAGGAGGACGGUUCAUUUAGAGGACAUUAGCCGAGGUACACAGGCGCUAUCUGCUCGAUGGUUUCCCUCUGUGACCGUAACCCUUCUCCUCUCACAGACAGAUCCUGCUGUUGAGGCAGCCACCAGGUCAUCAUGACUCCUACCUUCAUGGAUUUGGUCAACAUCAACUCCACGAUGAUCUUCAUCUCCCAGAGAUCCGUCAACGACAGCGAUGUGGAGGAGACGGUGUACGAGAGCUGCCGCGAGAUGCCCGCCGUCAUCAUCUGGUACCUUGGCCUUCAGUUCAUCAACAUGUUCCUUGGCAUCCCGGCCAACCUAAUGGUGCUCUGGCUCAUCCACAAGAACAAGGGGGACUCUUCCACCUCUGACAUCUUCAUCCAGCAGCUCGCUGUGCUGGACGUGUUAUUUUGCUUGACGCCGCCUUUGGAGCUGGUCAACAUUGUGUACCUCACGUCCAGCGUGCCCUGGUAUGUGCUUCGCUUCUUCUACGGCAUCAAGGACACCUCUCCGCUGUUCCUGGCCUGCAUCUGCCUGGACCGCUACAUGGCGGUGCUGCACCCUAUUACCUUCACCAAGCUGAAGGAUCGGCACCACCGGGCCAUCCUGGCCGCGGGGGUGUGGCUGGUGGUGCUGGCGUAUGCCGCUGCCAAGUGCAAGGGGGACAUCCCAAACUUUGAGAAGGUGUUCACUGUCAUUAUCCUGGCCACCUUCGCCUUCAUGGUGUUUUGCAACAUGGCCAUCCUCUGGGCCCUGAGGCAGUCGGGACCGGGUCGAGACGAGAUGCACCCGGUGAAGAAGCGGGCCUUCAAGAUGGUUCUGAUCAUUUUGGCCAUUAUCGUCUUCAACUAUUUCCCGCCCGUGGCCCUCUUUCCUUUCCGGGCGUACUAUACGAAAGACGUGUUCCAUUGCUAUAUUCAUUAUCUGGCAUUCGGCUUGAUGGACUUCAGCAGCAGCAUUCAGCCAGUGCUCUACUUGUCCAAAGAUAAGCUAGUGCUGAGCCUGUCCAUGUGCUGCCAGAAGAAGAAAAGCCAGAUAUUUACCAGCAACACCACUCAAACUGUGAGCGGAGUGUGAGUAGAGUCUGUACAUUGUGAGGGUGUUGGUUACUCAAUGUGUGGUUUCUUGUGUGUGGGGUAACGUUACGUGGUGUGAGAAGUUGAGGAAAUCGAGGAAACUCGAUUUAUUUACAAGAAGACUUGUCAAUAAAUGACAUUAUGUGGUGAUAUUCUGAAAGCACGUAGUAAAAUGUAAUACAAUUAUUUGCACUUUUGUGUCGAUUUAAUACAAAUAAAUGCUAUGCAAAUGUUAUUUCGGCACCUUCUUUUCUUCUAAAAUAAAAAGUAUGAACCGAAAAUCAGGAAAACCUUUUAGUUGAUAGCUAUGUAUUAAUACUUUUAAUCAGGCUUUGGAACACAAAAAAGCAAAUCAACAAUAAUUCUUAGUAGCAGAAGAAUAUUUUUAAUACACAUUUAGGCACAAUAACCAUUUGGCAGUAAACCUAUAAUAAUCAUUUUUUUCCUCAUCAGUGCUUUAGUGGAACCCAUGAAAUACAACGUACAUUAUAAAACCAAGCCGAAGCCAGACAUUCAGCAGGAUCAGUAUGGCUUGCAAAACAAUUACGGAAAAUGAACAAGGGCUGUUUUAUCGAAUUACGAUAUAUUGCGAUGAAUACAACUUAAAUAAAUCUUGGUUCAAGCAUGACUGUGAAAAAUACAUUCUUCCUUAUUCAGUUUAACAGCCGACGGCGGUGCAGUCAAAGCUUUGUAUGGCCACGUACCAAUCAAACCAAGAGAACAUUUUUUCAAACCUUACAUUUUUGUAAGGUUUUAAUUCUAAAUGUUCCCGUAAAAUAAUCUGUUCAACAAAAACUAUUAAAGACAUAUAUUAUAUAAUAUAUUACAAUUCUUUCAUUUACAUUUGUAAUUGAAUAUCUGCAAACCAUUUGGAUGAUAAGCUAAUAAUCAAAUGUGCUGAAAGCGACCAAAUCAUUUGAAUCACAAAGAGUGGAAUAACAAUAAUUGCCUUGAUAAAUAUUAUGGAACCUUUGAGUCACAGCAAGGAUCUGACGACAGUGUAUUGCACAGCACCGGAGAUCCCCCCCCCCCCCCUUGCCAA